CGGACGUCUGGCCACCCUAGCUGAGCUGGAGGACUGAAGUGAACCCAGAGGGUGUGAGUGAGAUAGUGUUAGAAAUAAUCAAUAUAUUGGAGCGGAACUUUAAAAGAUAAUUCACUGUUUCUGGAUGGAUCAUAUUUGUCCACCUCCGGUAGUAUUACCAGAUGUUGUUUUUAGCCUCAGAUAGCAUAAAGCUAAUAUUGUAUUGUAUAUAUGAGUAGAGGGAGAAGGACCAGUGGAGUUACAGACUGAACACACCGCCUCUACCUCUCACUCAUUAUGCUGCAAUGAUACUGUUGCCUGUUUAAUACCUGAUAAACCUCAGAAGGAUUGCAUAAUAGAAUAUUGUAGUUGAGAGAUUCAGGACAUCACUAACAAGAUGGCGACUAUGACGUCAUAAGAGGACCCGCCCUCGACGACGUCAGCCUAUAGAAGAGUCCGGAGAACCCCAUGUGACAAGUGGCCAACAGGAUCCAGCCCCCCGCUACCAACCAAUGACAGCACGAGAGCGGAGCACGUCUGAUUUUGAAGUUGUUUAUUGUAUGGCGGGAAAGGCGUGGUUCUAUAGAACAUGUUUGUAUUGUGAGAUCGAGCUCUCUUUUGUUCCGGACCGCCAGACAGUAACUACUGAUGAGCUCCACUCAGUCAGCGGCCUGUGGACGCGUGUCCCGGGCUAUUGAGCCACAGCUGUGAAGCUUUUGUAAAACCUACUGCUGCAUCCUUUUAUUAAACACUCCUUUUAAAAUUUACAAGAGGAGGUUUGCUUUCUUUCUUUUGAAUCGACACCUGGGGCCUGUACUACGAACGGAGUUCAACCUACUUAGAACUAACUCAGGGUUUCCGCGGUAACCCGGGGUUGACUAAACCUGGACAUCUUGAUUGGUCUUAAACGGUACUACGACGCUGAUUAUGGAGUUGAUCAGCUGAACCUGUGUUCACUCAACCAGAGUUACUGCGCGUUCACAUAAAAGGGGUGGUACCAGCGCAAAAAAACACUCUCGAUCAUGGCGGGCUCUCCCUAUUUCACAGAAGAGGAAUGCGAGAUCAUAAUGAGGAGUUAUGAAGAGUAUAAACCGACCCUGGCUGCUAAAUCCAACACCGCGGCAGCAAACAAGGCGCGACUGGGGUGUUGGCAGCAAAUUACAGACCGCGUAAAUUCAGGUACCAGCAGCGCCAAACGGACCUGGCAGCAGGUGAAGAUGAAGUACAAAAACAUCAUUCAGAAUGCCAACAAGAAGAAGGUAGAAAUAAGGCGCACAGGAGGAGGGAGGGCACCAGACUCCUUUACUCUUGCUGAAGAGUUGGCCCUAGCCAACAACAGUGGCAGGGUGAUGAUGGAUGGGGUGGCAGGGGUACAGUCUAACCCUGGGGCAGCUGAAAUGUCCACCCUCUAUGUGCAAGUCGAGGGUGGAAACAUCACAACCCUGCAGCCACCAGGAUGCAUUCAUCCUCUGACACAGGAUGAUGAUGAUGAUGAUGAUGAUGAUGAUGAUGACGAGACCCUCACAGCCCCCUCCGACACACACAUGCAGGAGGACUUGGAGGAGCUUUCCCCUCCUGAAGCCUCCCUCCCAGGGACCUCACAGUCAGACAAAGCCACAGUGGACAAUGUCCGCAGUUUAUACAAGAAAGUGCUGGAGCUAGACCGCACAAAGAAGAGGCUGGAGAUCAGAAAGCUGGAAUUACAAAUUGAAAAGCUGGAACAUGAGAAGAAGGUAUUGUCUUAUCACUCCAUUAAUAUAUAGGCUACCCACACCCUAUAUGUGUGUCAUUGAUCUGGCUUUUCGUCACCUUUUCUUCUUGCAGGAAAGAGAGUCAUCUAAUAAAUGAAUAAUAUCAGA